AUGCCGAAGAACCAAGUACCGCCACCGGAAGACUUCCUUACGGGUCCGUUCGACGACGCCAUCAUGGCCCCGUUGCCCGAUAUGCAGUGGGACGACGACAGCGACAUGAUGCAGUUCGACAAUCCGCCGAAGAAGAACAAGAAUUCUGGCGGCAAGAACAACAACAAGAAUGGCGAUUCGAACUACAAUUCGUAUCGGAAGCCGGUCGCUGUCAGGUAUGAGGCUUACCUUCUGUCGAGAGGAAGGCCGGAAGGGCUACCUGAAGGAAAGCUGGGAGGGAAGUCCAGAGGCGCUGGCGGGAGACACGAUCUAAGCAAGAUUUCAAGUUGGUCCACUUACAAAAAAGACUCGUUGUUUCUUUCAGAGGAGGCCAUUAUGAAAAUGGCCUCGGAUCACCAGCAGAGGACUAAGGGCAACCCAUCCUCUCAGCUGUUGUCGCUAUCAAACAGUCAACGAGCGGCCGUCACUCGCCUGUGCGAAGAACGGAGAAGCGAGGAGCUGGACCGCAAUGCUACAUGGAUCUAUCACGACAUCGACCGUAAAUGGGGCAAGGGUACACUGUUUAGCCCUCCAGAAGUCGUAGGCCUGCAAGUCAUUCUCAAACGGACAGAUUUCGAUGGCCGAAAGGCUCUCGCGACGACCACCACAACAACGACCACGACCAAGACAAUGAAGAACGGUAAGGACAGGUCGAACAACGAACAGCAGUACUAUCAGGACGACUUCGAUGAUAUCGUUGAAGUAUACGAUGUUCCCAACAAGAACAAGAACAAUUCCAAUGGUAAGAACAAGGGUGGCACGAAGAAGCAGAAGAAGCAGGACCAGCAGCGCGAGUUGGUCGAUCCAAUCUUCGGACUGGGCAUGGAUCUUGAUGAUAUCGAGCCAUUGCCACAGAACCACAACAACCACCACCACCUGAACCAGCAGCAGUUCAACGACUACCCGCAGGUUUUCGAUCAGCAACAAGACUUCAGAAACCAGCAGAUGCCUCCACCGAUCCAUCCCAGCCAGAUGCAGCCGCCGAUCAUGCAGCAGCCGUUCCAAGCCAGUCCUCGACAGCCCACGCACGACAUCAACGGCAACCCUUUCACGCCGUUGCCGAACGUACACAUGCCGGUGAACAUUGACUCUCCCUUCAUGCCCGGUCAGGAAUGGAUACACCCUCAACACAACCACCACCAGCGCCACCACUCGGCCGGCGCCCGCGCACACAGCCAGGAGCGACCGAAAUCGGCGCGCCGCGUGAGCGAGCGGCAGAUGGAGAAGAUUGUCGACAAACUGGGGGACAAGUUCGAAGACAAAUUCGAGGAGCUAGCCGCGAGACUGGAAAGCGCCCAGCUGCGCGACGACGACUCCAGCGAAAGUCAAUAUGACGGUCGCUCCGGCUGGUCUCGUGGCGCUUCGCCUUCUCGCUCCUACACACCGCCUUCGGAGUACCACAGCCAUUUCUCCGACCGGCGCCAGCGUCCCAGCCUCGAGCGCCGCAAGAGCAGCGGAGCACGACCCAAGUACCGCUCCAAGGCCUUCCAAGAUGCGGACAUCGAGCCGGCGUACACGCACCAGCGCAUCGACGACCGCGACCGCGACCGCGAUCGCCGACCACCACGACGUCAAAUCCAGCGUUCCAUCACGUACCAUCCAGGCCAUCCCGAUGACUAUCCCCCCAGCCGAGCCGUGGAGUACGUUCCCGUCCGGGCACCAGAGGCUCCGCUCCGUCGACGCUUGACGGAGCGUGGGGAUGAGUAUGAUUUCCAGGAGCGAGAUCGUCUUCGGGACUACGACAGGCGAGACAGGGAGCGCGACUACGACCGACGGGACAGAGAGCGGGAGUUUGUGCCGGAGUAUCGACGACGGGAUGUCGGGUAUGAGCAGCAUAGUCGGUAUAGGGGAGGCGGAGGGUACUUUGAUUGA